CCGCCGGCGCCCGCCGCUCCCCGGGCUCGCAGCGCGGGCCUGGGGACUCGGGAGCCCGCCGCCUGGGCCACAGCAUGGGGCGCUUCCGCGGGGGCCUGCGGUGCAUCAAGUACCUGCUGCUCGGCUUCAACCUGCUGUUCUGGCUGGCCGGGUCAGCCGUCAUUGCUUUUGGACUAUGGUUUCGAUUUGGAGGCACCAUAAAGGAUUUGUCGUCGGAGGACAAGUCCCCAGAGUAUUUCUACAUGGGGCUCUAUGUGCUGGUUGGAGCUGGGGCCCUGAUGAUGGCCGUGGGGUUCUUUGGGUGCUGUGGAGCCAUGCGGGAGUCACAGUGUGUGCUCGGAUCAUUUUUUACCUGCCUACUGGUGAUAUUUGCUGCUGAAGUAACCACUGGAGUAUUUGCUUUUAUAGGCAAGGGUGUAGCUAUACGACAUGUACAGACCAUGUACGAAGAGGCUUAUAAUGAUUACCUUAAAGACAGGGGAAAGGGAAAUGGGACUCUUAUUACCUUCCACUCAGCAUUUCAGUGCUGUGGAAAAGAAAGCUCUGAACAGGUCCAACCCACAUGCCCAAAGGAACUUCUAGGCCACAAGAAUGAUGGUAUGCUCACUUGCCAGUGAUGAGCCUGCAUGUUUACGGUAUUAUGCUCACCAGGAUCAGAGAUUGCAGAACUUGAACAUGAUGUUAUUUGGUGAGCUGACAUGCCGAUGGAGGAGAGGCUUAAUGUAUAGGAAAGAGGGAAGGUAACUGGCUGCAUGGACAUCCUGGAGAGAUGACAGGGAAUGAGACCCAGAGCAGGAAGGAGGUUAACCUUCAACAGAGAAGCUCACCUCUGGCACUAAUGAGAGGAAAAGAAGUCAGGAAUGAUACUGCUAUGUCCCCUUUCUAUGCUUGCCACCUAUGACAGUCCUGGCACUGAAGGAAGGGAGCAUGUUAAGAGUUGAGGUGAAGAAGAGGAAGACUGGAAGAAGUGCUUUACGUUGACUCCCAAAUUUUCUGCAAUAUAUAAGGAAGCCACAGUCUACAGCAGUGUUUCUGAAACUUUUCCCAGGAUGUAAUAUAAUUUUUUGUGAGAACAGAAGAAACCAUGUCCUAUUGUCUCCAUUUCCGCCAACCCAUUUCAGGGGCUGAUGCAAAGUGGUUGUUCCAGGGAUGUUGGUUGAAUCAAUGAAAAGAGAUGUGAGGAAGUGGUGACCUUAUGUGGGUAUCAGAGGAAGUUGACCAGUGACAAAUAAAAGAAUCAAGUAGCCUGAGGAUACAGUUAGAUUGAGAGCAUAACUCUAUUUAAAAGGACUCCAAAUAGAUGAUUUUAAAACUAGGGAAACAAAUAAUGGUUACAGGUGAUCUGUUUUGCGCUCUGUCCAGUUUUUCCCAUGUCCAUGAUGGUUAUUUGAAUCCAGGCUUCACAAGCCUCUUAUGGGCACAAGGAUAGAAACCCACAGUCCACUUUGCCACCAAAAGAGAGAAUGGUCCUCUAACUCCCAAGACCUGGCCCACAUAGAUAGUUUUUCUUUGUUUAAGUCGAACCUAUACAGACUUCUUAGUUUCUUAAUGGGUAAUGCCUAAUUUGCAUAGUAAAUUGGAUAAAGUAUAUAGAAAGUCUUUUAAACUUAUGGUUAAAUAAGAGGUUCUUAUUUUAGGGAUAUUUAUUUUUCUUCACUGAAAGUAAGAAGAAGCCUCAAAUUUUCAUAUGCAUCAGAUCCCAGAGAAAUAGCUUCCUCCAGCCGGAUUUCAGGGUUUUGAGCAGCCACUGGCCUAAAUAGGGAAUCCAAAAGGAGAGGAUUGUAUUUUUCCCCAAAUUGCAUUUUUACUUGAAGAUUGCCAGGAUGAUGUUACCCAAGAGGAAUGGUUUAAAUAUGGGCAGAAGCUGACAUAGAUUAGCUCUCACAGAAGAAUGAUCUGUAGAGAAGGAAAGAAUUGGAUGAGGGGGAUGA